UUCUACGCCCCGCAGAAGAAGUUUGCCCCGGUGGUGGCCCCAAAGCCCAAAGUGAAUCCUUUCCGACUUGGGGACAGCGAGCCUCCCGGGGCAGCCGGGGCCCAGCGCGCACAGAUAGGCCGGGUGGGCGAGAUCCCCCCGCCGCCCCCGGAAGACUUUCCCUUGCCCCCGCCUCCGGUGCUUGGGGAUGGCGAAGAAGCGGAGGGAGCCCUGGGGGGUGCUUUCCCACCCCCACCGCCCCCUAUCGAGGAGCCAUUUCCACCUGCGCCCCUGGAGGAAGACAUCUUCCCCUCCCCACCGCCCCCGUUGGAGGAGGAGGGAGGGCCUGAGGCCUCUACCUCAGUCCCACCGCAGCCCAGGGAGAAGGUGAGCAGUAUUGACCUGGAGAUCGACUCUCUGUCCUCGCUGCUGGAUGACAUGACCAAGAACGACCCCUUCAAAGCCCGGGUGUCCUCUGGAUAUGUGCCCCCGCCUACUGCCACUCCAUUCAUUCCCAAGCCCAGUCCUAAGCCUGCAGCUGGGGGAACAGCACCCCUGCCUCCCUGGAAGGUGCCUUCUAGCACGCAUCCUGUGCCCCAGACUCAGCCUCAGAGCCAGACACUGUUCCAGGUCCAGUCCCAGCCCAAGCCUCAGGUCCAGCUCCACGUCCAGCCCCAGGCCAAGCCCCAGGCCCAGCCUGUGCCUUCCGCUAACACCCAGCCCUGGGGUCCUCCGGCUCUGGCUCCAUCUCCAUCUCCUGCUCUAGCUCCAGCUCCUGCUCCAGCCCCAAAAUUUUCUCCAGUGGCUCCCAAGUUUACUCCUGUGGCUUCUAAGUUCAGCCCUGGAGCCCCAAGUGGACCUGGGACACAGCCCAGUCAAAAACUGGGGUCUCCGGAAGCUUCCUCUGGCACUGGCAAAGGCUCCCCUCAGCCCCCCAACUUCACCAAUGUGCAGCAGAAGGAGAAGCCCCCAGUUCAGGAGAAGCAGCACCCAGCGCUCCAGCUGACCCAAAACCAAAGCCAGGUGCGUUCUUCUGGGGCUCCGGGCCCCCUGACCCUGAAGGAAGUAGAGGAGCUGGAGCAGCUGACCCAGCAGCUGAUGCAGGACAUGGAACAACCUCAGAGGCAGAACGUGGCUGUGAACGAGUCCUGUGGCUGUUGCCAUCAGCCUCUAGCACGAGCGCAGCCUGCGGUCCGUGCCCUUGGACAGCUGUUCCACAUCACCUGCUUCACCUGCCACCAGUGUGAGCAGCAGCUUCAGGGACAGCAGUUCUACAGCCUGGAGGGGGCACCAUAUUGUGAGGGCUGCUACACUGACACCCUGGAAAAGUGCCACACCUGUGGACAGCCCAUCACAGACCGCAUGCUGAGAGCCACGGGCAAAGCCUACCACCCGCACUGCUUUACCUGUGUGGUCUGCGCCUGCCCCCUGGAGGGCACAUCUUUCAUUGUGGACCAGGCCAACAGGCCCCACUGCGUCCCUGACUACCACAAGCAGUAUGCCCCAAGGUGCUCUGUCUGCACGGAGCCCAUUAUGCCGGAGCCUGGCCGAGAUGAGACCGUGCGAGUGGUUGCUCUGGACAAGAAUUUCCACAUGAAGUGUUACAAGUGUGAGGACUGUGGGAAGCCUUUGUCAGUUGAGGCGGACGACAAUGGCUGCUUUCCCUUGGACGGCCAUGUGCUUUGUCGGAAGUGCCACACAGCAAGAGCUCAGACCUGAGUGAGGGCUUCUUCCAGACCGCAAGUCCUCUCCCCGUCAUGGACCACCCACACAGAUCAGUCCUCGCCUCUACUUGCCCUGCCUUCCUCCAUUCCAAACCCUCCCUGGUAUCUCAAGUGCCCUGACCCAGGGCCCCAGCAUAGCCUGCCCAGCGUGCAGGGAGUACCCGCCCACUGUCCGCCAGGUCCCCACCCGAGGGGGCACCAAUUUAGUGCUGCUGCUUUCACUGCGCAACAACGCCCUUGGCUGGCCCUGAGCAGCCUCCGUACUCUGCUUUCUGAGGGUCAGGAGAUGCCUUGAUCCUCCGGGACCCUGGACACCCACCCUGCCCGCACCGCCGGGUAGUGGCUACAGCUACAGAUUAAACCUUGUUUUCCAGAAUUUUCCAUAGUUGGCUCAGUGUCUACAGCCCUUGGAGCAGAGAGAGGAAUAAAAUGAUCAGGGGUAGGGAUGAAAACUCAGUUCUUGUUUAUUUACAAAAAUAUAUAUGUAUAUGUAUAUAUAUUAAAUCAUCCCCCACCACCCACCUGCCCAUAAUUUCCUUGA